GAAUUAUGCUUAAGAACAUUCUGGAAAAGAGAUACAGCCGACUGAGUUUCCGUUGCGAGUGAUUAUAUUCGGUCUUUCUUCACAGGACGCCACGCUGCACGGACGGUGUCUGAGAUAAUUGUACACAUUUUUAUCACGUCAUCAGUCAUUUUUUUGUUUGAACACAAUGGCCGUCAAGACUCCAGCUGUGGGCAUUGAUUUGGGUACAACCUACUCCUGUGUUGGUGUUUUCCAGCAUGGAAAGGUAGAAAUCAUUGCUAAUGACCAGGGUAAUCGAACCACACCUUCUUACGUGGCAUUUACCGACACCGAACGUCUUAUCGGUGAUGCUGCCAAGAACCAAGUCGCAAUGAAUCCCACCAAUACAGUAUUUGACGCUAAGCGAUUGAUCGGACGCAGAUUCGAAGAUUCUGUUGUCCAGGCUGACAUGAAACAUUGGCCAUUUGAAGUAGUUAGUGAUGGAGGGAAACCAAAGAUCCAGGUUGAUUACAAGAAUGAAACCAAAACAUUCUUCCCAGAAGAGAUUUCCUCCAUGGUGUUGCUCAAAAUGAAAGAAACUGCCGAAGCUUACCUUGGCAAAACUGUUGGUAAUGCUGUUGUAACCGUCCCUGCCUAUUUUAAUGAUUCCCAGCGACAAGCCACUAAAGAUGCUGGAACAAUUGCUGGUCUAAAUGUUCUUCGUAUCAUUAAUGAGCCUACUGCUGCUGCCAUUGCUUAUGGGUUAGAUAAAAAGGUUGGAGGAGAGAGAAAUGUACUUAUCUUCGAUCUUGGUGGUGGAACCUUUGAUGUUUCAAUCUUAACAAUUGAAGAUGGCAUUUUUGAAGUUAAGUCUACUGCUGGUGAUACUCACUUGGGAGGAGAAGAUUUUGACAACCGCAUGGUGAACCACUUUGUUCAAGAGUUCAAACGGAAAUACAAGAAGGAUAUGGCUACAAACAAGCGUGCCCUGCGUCGCCUUCGAACAGCAUGCGAGCGUGCCAAGCGUACCUUGUCUUCCUCGGCUCAAGCUAGCAUCGAGAUUGAUUCUCUCUUUGAGGGUAUUGAUUUCUACACCAGCAUCACGAGGGCUCGUUUCGAAGAGUUGAAUGCCGAUCUUUUCCGCUCUACUAUGGAACCGGUCGAGAAGGCUAUCCGUGAUGCCAAAAUGGAUAAGACCCAGAUUCAGGAUAUUGUUCUUGUUGGUGGUUCAACUAGGAUUCCGAAAGUCCAAAAAUUGUUGCAAGAUUUCUUUAACGGAAAAGAACUCAACAAGUCGAUCAAUCCUGAUGAGGCAGUUGCCUAUGGCGCUGCUGUUCAGGCAGCUAUUCUCCAAGGUGACAAAUCGGAAGCUGUCCAAGAUCUACUUCUGCUGGAUGUCGCCCCUCUAUCCUUGGGCAUUGAAACAGCUGGAGGUGUUAUGACUGCACUCAUCAAGCGCAAUACUACUAUUCCAACCAAACAAACCCAAACUUUCACCACUUACUCUGACAACCAACCGGGAGUAUUGAUUCAAGUAUACGAAGGAGAGCGUGCUAUGACGAAGGAUAACAACCUUUUGGGGAAAUUCGAACUUACUGGUAUUCCUCCUGCCCCGCGUGGUGUUCCGCAAAUUGAAGUUACCUUCGAUAUUGACGCAAACGGAAUUUUGAAUGUGUCUGCUGCCGACAAGUCGACUGGUCGCGAGAACAAAAUUACCAUCACCAAUGACAAAGGUCGAUUGUCGAAGGAAGAAAUCGAAAAAAUGGUGUCGGAUGCCGAGCGUUAUCGUUCUGAAGAUGAAAAGCAGCGCGAACGCGUAUCUGGCAAGAACGCGUUGGAGUCCUAUUGCUUCAACAUGAAGUCCACUGUUGAAGAUGAAAAAUUCAAGGACAAAUUGUCCGAUGCUGACAAGACUACUAUCAUGGACAAGUGCAACGAGAUCAUCAAGUGGUUGGAUGCCAAUCAGCUGGCUGACAAAGAAGAGUUCGAACAUAAGCAGAAAGAAAUUGAACGAGUCUGCAACCCCAUCGUCACUAAGCUUUAUCAAGGAGCUGGAGGAGCUCCUCCUGGCUUCCCUGGUGGUGCUGGAGCUGGAGCUGCCCCAGGUCCUGCUCCUGGCGCUGGAUCAGGCCCAACCAUCGAAGAGGUCGAUUAAAACAUUCCAUACCCAUUGCCCGCGAAUUCUAGACCCAAAUUUCACGUCAUCUGAUCGUAAAUUCAAGUAACGUAUUCAUAGUCAUCACCGAAUACAAUGAAUCCAUUCUA